AGGGGCGUGGUGCGUAUUUCCGAAAACAGCUGCAAUUCAAGGUCAGACGAGGAAGGAGCCUCGCCGUUUGGCCUGGGAUGACGUGUGUUUUUGUUACUGGCACAACAACACAAGUGCACAUCCAGGUGCAAUUCCUCCGAUAAAAGCCAUGUUUUGGGUUACGUGCGAACUCCGUCACGCCGGCCAGUCAUUUUGAAGGCAUGAGACCAGCGAGAUGUGCAAUCUGGUGACCCUAUUGUUGCUCGUGCUGGGGCUCACGUCCCUCUCGGACGGUGUCUUCCCCAGCAUCCCUGGCGUUCAGCAGGCAUUUGACGACCAUGACCAGUGCUUCUGCAAGCUGCAAGGAGGAAUCGAUGACUGCCUGUGCAAUGUUGAUACGGUUGACACUUUUAACAACAACCAACUCUACCCCAGGCUAAACAGCCUUUUGUCCCAUGACUACUUCAAAUUUUACAAGGUUGACCUGGGACGUGAAUGCCCCUUUUGGAGUGACGACAGCAAGUGCGCAAUCAGAUAUUGUCAUGUUGAAACAUGCGGAGAAUCAGAUAUUCCGCCUGGGUUGAAGGGUGGUGCUGAAAAUGUCAGCAAGAAGAACAGGGUAAGUUACACCGAAGAGGCACAAAACUUCCACGAGGGCUGUGAUACCGAUACCGAGUUGGGAUACCUCAACACCACAAUCAGCGCUGCUGCACACGCACAUUUCCUCGAGUGGGAGCAUUUUGACGAUUCAAAUUCGGAAAAUUUCUGUGACGAAAGUGGCUACCUCGGCUCAAAUGCUGCCUACGUUGACCUCAGCCUCAACCCGGAGCGCUACACUGGCUACAAAGGAGAUAGUGCGCACAGAAUUUGGCACUCCAUUUACCGAGAAAAUUGCUUCCGGCCCAAAGCUACCUUCAAAGCCUACAUUGAGUCGGCAAAACUGCAAGGGAUGUGCUUGGAGAAGAGAAGUUUCUACAGAGCCAUCUCUGGACUGCAUUCAAGCAUAAAUAUUCACUUGAGCUCCCGAUAUCUGUUAUCUGAUAAAUCUUCUCUUGGAUUGCCAUCUCCUGGAGGAACUUGGGGUCCAAAUUUGGCUGAAUUUUACAGAAGAUUCAGUCCUGAGCACACAGAAGGCGAAGGUCCAAACUGGCUUCAGAAUCUCUAUUUCCUCUACAUUUUGGAAAUGCGAGCCAUCGCCAAAGCUUCUCCUUACCUCUUACGAGAAUCAUACUUCACUGGCAAAUCUGAGGAGGACAAGAUGGUUUCGGAGGCUGUAAGGGACAUCUUGAAAGUCAUCAAAGGUUUUCCACACCACUUCAACGAGAGCACAAUGUUUAAUGGAGGAAAGCAAGCCAUCAAGCUGAAAAAUGAAUUCCGCCAGCAUUUCAGGAACAUUUCCAGAAUAAUGGACUGCGUUGGUUGUGAAAAGUGCAAAUUAUGGGGCAAACUCCAGAUUCAAGGGUUGGGCACGGCUUUGAAAAUCCUGUUCUCCGGUCGCUUUGACCUGGUCUUGAAAAACAUGGAUAUCACCAAGGUCAGCAGGAAUGAAUUCCAACUGCACAGGAUGGAAAUUGUGGCGCUAUUCAAUGCGUUUGGUCGAUUGUCAACAAGCAUCUUUGAGCUGGAGAACUUCCGCAAGCUGAUGAGAUAAAAUUUGACAGGGGCGUAAAUAAGGUGGGUGGAAACUACUCAAAGUAGACUGUUGAAAUCGUUUAUUUUAAUUACGCCCCUGACAAUUGGCUAUCAGUUUUCAAAACGAAAUUUGUGAUUGUUAAUCUGGAUUCCUUUUAGCUUAUAUGAAAUUUAUUCCAAUCUCGAUUGAAUAUUGAAUUUCACUUAGGGUAAUGCUGGCCAGAAUGAUAAUUUAAGAGCAAUUUUCAAGCUCAUACUUAAGAAGAUUUGCCCGCGCGAAGCGUAAUUUUAAGAUUAAUACGUCUUGGUCAAUAAUGUAAGUUGUCCUGACACUCGUCAAUUUCCUUAACGUUGGACUCAGAUUAUCUAUAAUUAUAAGUGUGUACAAAGUCAGUGUUUUUAUUAAUAUUGUGCACCAGCAAGCUGGACUUGGAAGAUAAGCAGUCAAUCUGCACGGCUUAUCAAAUAAGAGGGGGUUGUGUGAAAACCCAAAAAAGGAAGGUAGAAAAAUGAAAACUGAAACAACUAAAAUGCAUCACACCUUUUUAUUGUCUGUAUACUAUCUACAAGAGUGCGAAUAUAAUUUAUAACUUUUGUUUUUGUUGAAUAAAUUAUUUAGUUUAUCACUA